AUGGCACGCACUGCUGGCGCCGGCUUCGUGCAGUACAGGAACUUGCUGCAGAAGAAGGCUUCGCUCUUCGACGACUUCUGCCAGGGCAAGACAGGCCUUUUUGCAGCACCUGCCGACGCAGAUGGCAACGUGGAUUGCCAGGGUUACUACAACUGCUUCCACGGCAACGAGGCUAUGCAGCUUUGCGGCAGCGGCCGUCGCUUCAACCCAGCGACAAAGAAUUGUGACUGGAAGAGGAAUGUCGCUUGCGACAGCGUGCAGACCACGACUCUUGCUCCCGGGACGACUACGCAGGCAGCUACAACACAGAGCUCUGUGUCCUCGUCUCCAUCAACGAGUUCACCAACUGAUCCGAGCGAGUUCUGCAGUGGGAAGGUUGGCUUGUAUGCGGCCCCGGUUGACAUGGCCGGAAAUGAAGACUGCCGAGGAUAUUUCAACUGCUUUCAUGGAGACGAGCCCAUGCAGCUUUGUGUCCCGGGUCAGCGCUUUAAUUCCGACCUGAAGAACUGCGACUGGAGUGUCAAUGUGGAAUGCGUCACGGCCCCCACGACAGCUGGAAUCACAACGACGGCGACUGAAUCCAGCAGCUCAACCACAGUGUCUACGUCCAUGGGGACAACUUCCACAUCAGCGGUUGAAGCCACAUCCACAACUCUUGCAACGACACAGCCCAGUGGCACAAGUGGCAAGAUUUUCGUGGCAUACUUUGCGAAUUGGUUUCAGUGGUGGCCGGCCCCGUACAAGUUCAUGCCGUCCAACAUUGCAGCAGACAAGAUAACACAUCUCAACUAUGCCUUCGCCAUGAUCCACAGCAGUACCUUCAAGAUCCGGCACUUUGAGGAUAAUGAUGUGAGCAACUGGGGAACCGGCAACUGGGAGGUACCUUGCAGCCAGCAGCCCGCAGGCUGUACCAAGGGCCUCUACGAGCAAGUGAACGAUCUCAAGGUGGCGCACCCGCACCUCAAGACGUUGAUCUCAAUCGGUGGCUGGUCCUUCAACCUGCCGGCCAGUGAGGACGCCGAGAGCGCCAGGCGCAUGUCGCGGCUCGAUGCCGGUUGGACGGAGUAUGUCUUCUCGGAUAUGGUGAGCACAGCUGGAAACCGCCAGAAGUUCGUGGAAUCUUCCAUUGACUUCUGUCGCACCUGGGGUUUUGAUGGCCUGGACUUGGAUUGGGAGUAUCCGGGCUUCAUUGGCCGUGGUGGCCGUGUCACGGACAAGGCCAACUUUGCAACGCUCUUGCGCGAGCUUCGGGCUGCCUUCGACGCCGAAGGUGCAGCCUCCGGUAGGAAGGCGCUGCUGCUGACGGCAGCGGUGGGCAUUGGGCCCAGCACUGCGGAUAACGCGUACGAUGUGCCCGCUCUUGACGAGACUUUGGAUUUCAUCAACUUGAUGACGUAUGACAUGUACGGCGGCUGGAGUCCGGAGAAGACUGCCAUUCACAGCCAGCUCUAUGCCGGCGAGGGAGACUCAUUUGGGGAUGGGAUUCCGUUGAGCGGUGCGUAUGUAGUCAAAGACUGGAUCGCGCGAGGUGUGAGCAAAUUGGCACUCGGGCUGGUGACGUACAGCCGCAGUUUCCAGCUGCAGAGCAGCACGCCCGGUCAGGGUCCGGGAGCGGCAGGACAGGGAUAUGGAGCCACUCAGCCUUACAGCAAGCAAGUGGGGCUUGCGAGCUACUAUGAGAUCCUCACCCUACUGAGCGAGGGCGCUGAGAAGACAUAUGAUGCUGCUCGUUGCGGAGCCUAUCUACAGAAGGAUGAUCUUUGGAUGGGCUUCGAUGACGAAGAAAGCGUUCGAUGCAAGGCGGCCUUCAUCAAGGAGAAUGGGUUGAUCGGAGGAUUGCUUUGGGAUCUGCCUGAGGAUGAUUUCAUCAACGGCUCCCCCAUCGUGACGGCCUUCAGCGAGGUCCUGCCAGCCCUGAAAGACAAGACGGACGUCCCGUUGAUGAAGGAACUACUGCACAGGUGGAUCAAUCACAAGCUGUAUGUGAAGUGGAUGGACAGAUUCUUCACCUACCUGGACCGGUACUACGUCAAGCUCCAAUCCGUGGAACCUCUGCAUAACAGGGGCUACAGCAUCUUCAAUCAACAGGUGUUCACGAGCGUUAUCAAGGACACUCGAUCAGCACUGUUGAAGGUCAUCAAUCAGGAGCGACAAGGCGAGCACAUCGACCAGGAUCUUGUCAAAGGCGUCAUUGAGAUCUUCAUUGACCUUGGCUUGAACAGCUCGAAUCUGUACAACACUGAAUUCGAGGAAGCUUUCCUACCGGCCACUAGCAGCUACUUCGUCCGGCAAGCAUCAGGCUGGCUGUCGGAGGACUCCUUUCCGGAGUACCUGCGCAAAGCCGAGGCGGCGUUGCAGGCCGAGGAACAGCGAUGCAACAGCUACCUAAGCAGGACGACUCUUCCCAAACUACGGAAUGUAGUAAUUAUUGCAGUCCUGCAGCAGCCGCAGAACCAGUUGCUGGAGAAAGAAACAGGCGUCGUGUACCUUUUGGACAAUGACAAGCGAGAGGAUUUGGCCAGAAUGCACCGCAUGUUCAGCCUGGUCGAGAAUGGUUUGAACCCAAUUUCUCAGGCGUUCCGCCAGUACGUGACUGAUAGGGGCAACCAGAUCGUGGACGAACGCGUGGAGCAGCAAAAGCAGGUUUCCUCCAAGACGGAAGCAUUGAAUGACCCAACCUUUAUUCAGACUCUCCUGGAUUUGCAUGAUCGCUUCAAAGGAAUCGUGCACGAGUGCUUCUCACAGGACUCCCUUUUCCAAAAGUCUCUCAAAGAAGCCUUCGAAGUCUUUGUGAACCGCGACAUUGGGAAGUUCUCCUUCGCGGCCUUGAUGUCUUCUUUCUGCGACCGCAUCCUCAAGAAGUCAGGCGAGCGGCUCUCGGACGAGGAGGUGGAGUCCCGGCUGACGAAGAUGGCCUGA